AUGCGCGCAAUUAUCGACCUUUCGCAGCCUCUGCACGAAGGCAUGACCGUCUGCGAAGGCCAUCCACCCUUCACCCUAUCCCAAUGCUGCACGCUCGAGCGCGACGGCUCCGCAGUCUCGCUACUAUCCCUGAGCUCUCACACCGGAACACAUCUUGAUGCGCCCGCGCACUUCAUCGAAGGGGGCGCGACAGUUGACGAACUCGAUCUUUCGGCUUUGAUCGGGCCCGUGCUUGUCGUGGACGCGCGGGGCCGAGAACCCGACGCGACGCUCGAUUGGGACGACACGUUCGCGCCGUACGCGAAGGCGUUUGCGCCUGGUAUCGCAGUAGCGAUCUGCACUGGCUGGUCGCAGCACUGGGGGACCCCGAUGUAUGCGCGGAACCCACGUGUGGCACCAGCUGCCGCCGCUCGGCUUUUCGAAGCCGGAGUGCGCCUGUUAUGCAUCGAUGCGCUGAGCCCGGACGGCGCGCCGGAUACCGAACGCGGGGAGAGUCACGACAAUUGGCAUCGCUUUCACUUGUUCUGGCUGGGGAAGGGAGGGAUGAUCGUGGAGAAUCUUAUUAGCGCGGGACUGGAGAAGAUGCUGGAUCAUGAAGACCGAGGCGCGUCGUGGAUGGGCAGUUUCUUGCCUUUGCGGUUGGAGAAGUGCGACGGCUCGCCGGUACGGGCUAUUGCAUGGCGGGAGGUAUGA